UCAGAGCCCACUGUCGUGCCUGGUGACUUGGUGCCCACUGUCUUGCCAGAUGACGCGGUGCCCGCUGUUGAGCCCAAAUGACCUGAUGCCUGGUGACCCGAUGCCCGCUGUCCAGCCAGACGAUCCAAUGUCUGACCCAGUGCCCGCGGUCAUGCCAGUUGACUCGGAGCCCACUGCCUUGCCAGAUGACGCGGUGCCCGCUGUUGAGGCAAGUGACCUGAUGUCUGGUGACCCGACGCCCGCUGUCCAGCCAGACGAUCCAUUGUCUGACCCAGUGCCAGCGGUCAUGCCAGUUGACUCGGAGCCCACUGUCGUGCCUGUCGCCCACCUGGGGGCCCGAUGCCUUCCAGCCCGAUGUGCCUCUGCCCGGAGUCCAGCCCGAUGUGCCUCUGCCCGGAGU